GUUUCUGUGACGUCAACAUACGCAGGACCAAUCCCCCUGCCCAGGAGACGUUAAGUCGUUUGCAUGGGGUGUCGGUCAUUGGUCUCUCGGGCCACCUGGGCUGUCGCCGCUUUUUAAAGGCGCCGCGUAACGGAACAGAAAACAGGAGAGACGAGAGGCGCGGUGGGCUAUGAGGUCAUCGCGGGCCUGCAGGGCUUGGGGUGACGUCACCUCCGGGAAGCGUGCCGGCCGGGGCUGAGGGCGGUCCUCUCACCUCGGCUGCAUGCGAGGCUGCGGUCCCCGCGGCCCUAAGAAGGGUUGUGAGCCCCGGCCCAGCCCCUCCACCUCCCUGCUCCCCUGAUGAGACCAUGGACUCUGGCAGUGACUAAGUGGCCACCCUCUGCCCCUGUGCAUCACUGGCAAUUCUCUACAAGACCUAGCAGCAGUCCAGGCCAGCUCUGGGGAAGCCUUGGCCACGCGGGGCCCCUGGCCAGCCCACCUGCCCAGGAUGAGCACUUACCCUCCCAGCAGCUGCUGCCCCAGUCAUCACCCCUCUCUGUAGAGGAGCACCGGGCCUCAGCUCCUGCCGGCAGGAGCCCACGAAUGCUGCACCCAGGCACCCAGCAGAGCCCGUUCAUGGUUGAUCUCCACGAACAGGUGCACCAGGGACCUGUCCCUCUGUCCUACACAGUCACCACAGUGACCACCCAAGGCUUCCCCUUGCCUACAAGCCAACACAUCCCUGGCUGCAGUGCCCAGCAGCUCCCAGCAUGCUCCGUGAUGUUCAGUGGGCAGCACUACCCCCUCUGCUGCCUCCCACCUCCGCAGCUGAUCCAGGCGUGUGCCAUGCAACAACUCCCUGUGCCCUACCACACCUACCCCCACCUCAUCUCCAGUGACCACUACAUUCUUCACCCCCCGCCACCGGCCCCACCGCCCCAACCUACCCACAUGGCUCCUCUUGGUCAGUUUGUAUCCCUGCAGACCCAGCACCCACGUAUGCCCCUGCAGCGACUGGAUAAUGAGAUGGACCUUCGAGGGGACCAGCACCCCAUAGGUAGCUUCACUUACUCCACCUCUGCCACUGGCCCGGCCUUGUCACCCUCGGUGCCCCUUCACUACCUGCCCCAUGAACCAUUGCACCAGGAGCUGUCCUUCGGUGUGCCGUAUUCCCACAUGAUGCCACGAAGACUGAGCACACAAAGAUACCGUCUACAGCAGCCGCUGCCGCCGCCGCCACCGCCACCGCCGCCACCACCACCACCGUCUUAUUACCCAAGCUUCCUACCCUACUUCCUUUCAAUGCUGCCAAUGUCGCCGACCACCAUGGGCCCCACCAUCAGCCUGGAUCUGGAUGUGGAUGACGUGGAGAUGGAGAACUAUGAGGCCCUCCUGAACCUGGCUGAGCGGCUGGGAGAUGCCAAGCCCCGAGGCCUCACCAAAGCAGACAUAGAGCAGCUGCCGUCAUACCGCUUUAACCCUGACAACCAUCAGUCGGAGCAGACCCUGUGUGUGGUCUGCUUCAGUGACUUUGAGGUGCGGCAGCUGCUCCGAGUCCUUCCCUGCAACCAUGAGUUCCAUGCCAAGUGUGUCGACAAGUGGUUGAAGGCUAACCGGACCUGUCCCAUUUGCCGGGCCGAUGCCUCCGAGGUGCCCAGGGAGGCUGAGUGAGGCUCCUUCAGCCACCCACAAGAACCCUGCCCAGAGCUCCGGAAAUGGGUGGGGGGAGGCAGGGAGUGGCCCAGGGAGACCUGUAAGGGAGGCCCAGGCCUGUCUCAGCGUUCUCACCUGCAACUCCAGAGCUGGUGCCAGGGUCAGCCCUGGAGAAGCCCCUGCAAUAAGCCCCUGCGUUUGCCAAGCUCCAAAGACUCCUUCCCCAAACUGCCUGCCUGCCUGCCCGUCCGUCCGUCCGUCCGUCCUUCAGCCCGCCUGCCCGCCAUGGAGCUGCCUGAGUGUCCCCAACUCAGUCUGCCUCUUAUUUGCCCUUGGGUCCUUCUUCCUGCUGGCUCUGGGAGGCAGGAGUCCAUUCCCCAAGUGUGGUGGCUGGUGUGAUUCCCCACCCCCCAAAAUGGGCAAAGGAGUAGCCACCCUGGGUCAACCAGUCUCUUGUACGGAAGUGAAGUAGUCCCUGCACAGGUGGUAGGUACUACCACGUCUGUGGGCAGAUAGUAGCCGGAGACCAUUUCCUAAGUCCCAGAUCUGAGUCCUGUUUGAUUCCAGACAGACUUGGGCAGUCGGCUCUUCUCCACUGCUGCGCAGUGUGGGUCCGACUCCUCCGGACCCUCACCCCAGGCGCAGCGUUCCAGCCCACCCCCAGGCUGGAAGGUGUACCCAGCCAGGCUCUUGGAGCAGUGGGAUGGGGCUCCAAGCUGGACACAUUAGGUUCUGCAGGAGCCAAGCCACGAUCUGGGCAUGUCCUGUGUUUCUGGUGGCUGCCCCUCCACCAGUGACAAUGUCAGACCAGUGCUCGGACUUCUCCCCUCUGUCGUUUUGCAUGAAUGUGAGGAACAGCAGUUUUUUGUUUAUUCAUUUGGCCCAAAAAUUGCGUGGAGGGGGUGUGGAUAUUUAGAGGUGUUUGGUGGGUUUUUCGUUUUGUUUGGUGGGGGGUUUUUUUGUUUUUGUUUUUUUGGGGGGGUCUUUUUGGUUUUUUUUUUGCUUUUUUUUGUUUGUUUUUUGGUUGGUUGGUUGAUUUUGGGGGUUUUGUUUUGUUUUUUUUUGUUUUAAUUUUUCUUCUUUGGUUUAAAGGAGUAGGGUGAGGGCAUAGGGACCAACCGGGACCAAACGCCCAGGGGGCAGAGAAAGGUCGGGUUGUGCCGCACCAGGCCUCCAAAUGACUGUGCGGCUAGAAGUCACAGGGCAGGGUUGGGGGUCUGUGCUCAGCUGAUAACUGCCACGCACUGUACUGCACAUGUCCCUAGAGCCUACCGGGACCAUUUGCUUUUCAGGGCAUUCCUCCAGCCAGGGGCUGUCGCCCACCUGCCUGGUUGAGUCUCCUCCUAGGAAUCCCAUGAGGACAGAGAUCAGGGAGGGCGUGAACCUCCACCUGGGGGCCCUCCCAGCCUGAUCCCUGCCCUCCAAGGUCUAGAGGAGGCCGAGCUCCCUACUCCCCUUUCAAGUCCCAUUCCUUUCCUUCCCCCACCAGGGGUUGCUGCCCUGAGUGAACGAACCGCGUGUGGGGCCGGCACAUCCUAGCAGGCAGCCAUUGGCGCCUGCUGCCUCAGGGAUGCUCCAACCACCCUCGUUCUCAUGCGGCAGCCCUGGCUCCCUGCCUCCCACCCCAGCCUGCCAGGGGCCCAUUGGCCUGGUCCCACCCCACAAGAACCCAAAGUCUUACUGUAUAUAACUCCAGGUGAUGUUUCUAUAUUUAUAGCAGUGUUGAAAAUCCACGUUUUACACAGAGAACCACCUUAUCCAGCCCCGUCCCUUCCUCACCCCAACAAAAGGUUUCCAAACCCUUGUGGUUCCUGGGGCAACAGAAUUGACUCGUGGGUUGUGUCGGCUGCAGUGAUGAUUCCAGCAAGCAGCUGCUGGGGGGAACACACCUUUUUUAAAUCAUUUAAGGAAGAUUUAUCAAACAAUUACUUCGGAUGUUUGUGAUUUGCCGACCUUGCUGUAGAUGCCAUGUUACCAAUGAUUUCCUGUGGUGGGGGCUUGGCAUUGUUUACUCUUUAUUUACCAACUUCUGGCCUAGGCAUGACAGUGGGCACCUUCCCCCAGCAUUGCUGGGCCCAGCGCCUGUGUUCUGUUAGAAAGGUUUUUAUAUAUAUAUCUCUAUAUAUAUAUAAUUACACACAUAUAUAUAAACACAUGUGAUUUGGGGGCCCUGUUCCUUGCACAUCUUACAGUUACCUCAUUUUUCCCAUGUAUGUAUUUGAAAAAAUGCUAAUAUAUAGAGAAAAUGGUUCUUAAAGCUUAAAUGUGUGGUUUUUUCCAUCCCAUUGGACUCACAUUGGUUUGUAGCAUUUAACAUAACUAGUAUGUUGUAUUAUAUAUGUGUAUACGGAUUGAAAUUUUUAACAGAUUUGUACUUUUUUUAAAAUGAAAGUUGCUAGUUCUGCUUGACCAAGUAGUGCAAUCAUUAUUUUUUUUAAUAUUGUUGCUGAUUUCAGAGGGAUAUUCACUAAUAAAUGUAUGAUGUAUACAAGUGCUGCCCAAGCCA